CUAAUUUCAAUUUUUUUUUUCGUGAUGAAAGCACCCCAAAAAUGAGUGCAGAGCUGCUUUUUUACUAUCCCAGUUUGACCCUUUAAAUAGCCUUUGUACCUGCGACCCUAUAUAUUUUCUCUUUAACUUUGCAUCUCGACGCCGUUUUUAAUUUUUAUUUAUAAUCUUUGUUUCAAUAUUAAUAUCUAAGAAACGCUUCCCAUAUUCUUAGUAGUUUUUAAUGUUUAGCGUUUGAUUUUAAUUGAACUCUUAAAGUGUUAAAUACCCCUUUUGCCCUUUUGUCUAUAAAGUUUGGCGCUGGGGGAAAAAAAUGGAAAGAGCUGUAGCUGGCUAGGAUUAGCAGCUCCUCUACAGAAGGAGCCUCAGUAACAGCUAGUUUUAUUUCAGUGUAACAGCCAGACCACCUGAUCAUACAUAUUUCUGACAACACAACAACAAGGUAAGGCGCUAUUUUUUCCGCUAACCUAAUGUUACUUUGUUGAGAAAGAUUAUCGUGAACUUCCGAGGUCGCUAGCUAGCCGGUUGUAGCCAGCAUUAGCCAGUGUUCUGGCGAAUUGUGCUGCCAUGUCGAAAAGUGCUGCCGUAGCUCAGAGGCUACAGUGCGCGCUAUUUACUGGUUUGUUUUUAAUUACUAGCAGGCGUAAGUGCACCUACAAACCGACGAAAACGUAUAGUGGUUCUCUAUUAUGAAAUAUUACGUAAGAUCUUUUGAUAAGUGUAUUUCAGUAGGCUAACAAACCCUACCAAUGACCACAGAGUAGAGUGAUGUCGUAUUAUGCCACCUCUUGCUUAAUGUGCAUUGUCAGAGCCUGUUUCGACCCCACUUCACUAAAUUAUCAAUUAAUAUUUCCGGUAAGGGUAUAUCGAUACACUUAUGAUAUAUAUACAACUGUACAUUGAUCUUCAAUCGUGACAAGCGCUCGGGAUCGCAGCCUUUCACACCUGCGCAGAGCCGCUUUAGUAGCGCAGCUUGAUCGGAAGCAACAACCCUCAUUACACCAGCUGGUAGACGAGCCUAUCGCAGAUUGCUAUUGUUACCUAAAUAAGUACUUUUAAUGGAGAAAAGACAGUUGCCAACACACAUAUUUGCAGUGUCAGAGUGUAUUGAAGAUAGUGUCCAAAACAGCUACAGCUUCUCCAGUAAUCAUGGGUAUGUUUGCUGUAGAGCAGGUUUUAAAACUCUAUUGUCAUCAACAGAAAUAAAGUUUGCUGCAUGUUUCCUUGUCGGCAGUAGCUAACACUAACCUUUGCGGAGACACUUGUUAGUCAGAUGAGCCAGAAAGAUUGGCUUCUGGGUAAAAACUCACCGUUGACGCUGACUUUAAAUUGAUUUUCAGGGAUUUAGUUUUGAUCCUAUUUGUCAACGAUGGCUCUGUAACUGUGGAUAAAUUACGAUUCCUCAUCGUAAUGCAUCCAUAGUAUCACCAUAUCUAGCCGUGCAAAAUACAAACUGCAUUAAGAUUUACGUUUUUUGUUCAGUACUUUAGUAUUCAAAUCAUGCUAUGAUUGCUUUUGGAGUCUCUAAAGAUAUAAUUAAAUUGUUAUCUUACUGACAGCUACGUACAACUGAAGUUUUCAUUUAAGCUGUCAUUUUAGACUAAUCAAACUGUCGUGUUGAGAUUGCAAACUAGGAUCUAGGGUCAGAAACUGAAUAUCUCAAUAAAUAUUCAAAUCUCUGUUUAUUUUGUCUGUGUAGGUCUCUGGUACUCCCUUCCAAAAUGUCCCAAACUUAGUAAAGGAAAGGUUUUGACCUCCCUGAUAUCGAGUUGGGAAGCUUCCUAAUAAGGUACUGGUUCAAGACAGCCUUUCAGAGGUGUCACGUGACUGCAGAUGACUUCCCCAAAGGGUAGAAUGGGGGCGCUGUUUCACCGUCCUUCUGCAGGCUUUGGAAAUGAUUGCAGAGCCUGUGACAAUUUAUAUUUGCUUAGUCAUGCGGUCUGUGUGACAGUUCUGUUUCAUUACCUUUGAUUACAGUCGUGCUGCAUGUCAUUGUUCAUCACACAAGGCAAGGUUUGGGAUGACAUUACAUGCUCCUAUCUUUGGGACAGAUCCACAAAUUAAGCCAUGUUGACUAGAAUUUAUUUACUUCUAUCAUACACUACUUAUGUAUAUAGUACUUAUAUGGGAGCAAUGAAUAUAAACUCAGUCAAGUAUUUUUACUGUGCUUCAGGAGAUGAGACAGGAAACCAAAAAACCUUUUGCAGUUUUUCAGCUUUCCAGUCUUUUAUGGCGUACUUUACCCCCUUUACCUUAUUGAUUUUCAGAAAUUUAAAGGAGUAAUUUGCUAUCAUUUGAAAGAUUUUGUCCAGGAAGUCUGUCUGUUUCUUUUCUUUUUUUUUUUUUAAAGGACAGCUGAACCUGACAGUUUAACCAUCUCAACUUUUCAAAACUUCGAACUUAUAUGAGCACAUGCUGAUGUUCCACCAAUUUUUAACCCUUAAGACCCAACCUCCAGUGUUGAGGCCAAAAAAAAAAGAAUAAGCCAAAAGUGUGAAAAAACAGAGGUUCCUCAAGUGUCUAUUUGUGACUGCAAAGCCCAGGAAACCCCAACCUGUCCAAUCGUAAAAACACCCAUUCAUUCAACAGAAUUGAAGACAUUUGCAGUCUACAUUUAAUAUUUUUGGUAUGUAGCUCAUUAAUUUAGUCAUACACACAAGAUAUUGAGGGUGAGAAUGAUUUAAAAAAAAAAAAAGAUUCAUGAAUAGGUGCAGCACUGUACCGGAUUGCCAGGAGGCUGAAAUCAUUUGUUCAUUGCUGGACCAUGCUCAUGUUUUAUACAGUUGAGACAGUUACGUGGUGGCUUCAUUUAAAACAAGACACGUCACAGUGUAUUAAAACAGUGCACAACACAGUGGUGAAACACACUUUGUCCCUCUGACUUACCAGCCCAGCACAACUAAUUUCAUUCACAGUAAUCAAUAAACUUCUGCUCGGUAUCAUCUGCAAUAAACUGACGUAUUCUCCUCCCUUUUAUUUGACAGGGCACUUGAUUCCUCAACACCACCCUUGGGUCUGAAGAUGGAUGUGGACCAUGUCCACUGUGUGUCCUGUGUAAACCAAAGAUGUAUGGUUAGACCUGAGCCAGGUGUUAGCUGUGAUCUUAUCUCCUGUCCACAGGUGUGUGGCGCUGUAUUUCACUCCUGCAAAGUUGAUGAACACCACUUUUUGUGCCCAUUGGUGAGGGUACCAUGCCUAAACAGUGGAUAUGGCUGCCCUGCCACCCUGCUGCGCAACCAAAUGUACGCACACCUUGAAGUAUGUCCAGCUGGUGUGGUUUGCUGCACCAUGGAGUGGAACAGAUGGCCUGUAAGCUGCCUGGACUAUACAUCCUAUGAGAGCCUGAGCCGAGGGGUGAAAGAGGCAGAGCAGCUGGACAUGGCACUCGCCCUUCAGGACCAGCGUACGCUACUGGAGUCACUCAAAGUGAUUGCCAUGACACCAACUGCAGAGAGAGAGCUGCUUGUUCCUGUUAGUAAAGACAACAGGACAACAGACUCGGCUUUGCUUGUUUCUGCUCCCGAGGCUGCCACCUUUAUUGAGUCACCAGCAAAGUCAUUAUCCUCAUGUCAGCCACAAACUCCCCGAGCAGGCUCAGCACAGGAGAAGAUAGUCGGUGGAAUAAAUGGCUUGAAUGAGGAGCACUUUGGUAAACUUUAUGAGGCCACAGUUGAGACUGCAAGAAGCUUAUGUGCAGCUUUAGACUUAGUUAGUAGUGCUAGCUCUGUUGACAGCAGCUCAGAGUGUGCAGACAGAGGAGCUGCUCUGCAAGAAAGUAACAUUGAAAACCUCCAGAAUGGUUUGCAAGGUAAAACUGUGGCUGCUGGAGGUUUGAGGAAACAAGGGGAGGAGGGUCAAACUGUUUGCUCUAGCUGUUUGAAAGAAAAUGGGGUGUUAAAAGGAGCAGGUGUGAAGUUUUUGAAUAUGACAAAUGGACCACUAUCAGGAGGAGUGGAUGCCUCUCCAACUGAAGGUGGAGGAGAAAUGAAUGUUGGGGUCAACCCUCUCUUGAUGGCCCCAGUUCAUGCCAGCCAGGCAGUGUCACAGAGGGUCAGUCAUGUGGUUCUAGAGGACAGGGGGCUAGUUCUUUUAGAAAACCACGGACCAGAACGAAAGUUCAACGACUACCAGUUUUUCAGGGGCCACGGCAAAUAUUCUUUAGCCAAUGGACGGGUAUCUUUCACUGCAGAUAGGCCACUUGUUACAAAACGACCCAAAAUGGAAGACAAAGCUGUGGAUACUUCAGACCUGGAGCAGGAGGAUGAUCCCAUGGGUCUGGGGGAGAUAGAUUUGAUCACUGCCGCCCUGCUCUUCUGUUUAGAGGAGUCACGAGAGUGUAGGAGGAUUUCUGAUACAGUCUAUGUCAAUGGUUUUCAUGUCGACUUUGGCACACAGACUUUCACUUUCCCCGCAGCAAUCUUAGUAACAAACACUAGAGUGGGUGACAUGGCCUCUGCCUCUGCCUGCGACCACGCUGCCCCCCAGCUCCCCUACCCCAGCCCCUUCUGCACUUUGCGCCUUGGCCUUGUCCUUGAAGCCUUGGAGGUGGAGGCGGUCCCACACAACCGCUACCUCCCUCCUAACCCCCGCUACCAGCACAUGUUCCCCUUUGUCUGUGCCCAGUCAUUCCGCCGGGACCAGUUCUCAUCCCAUUUCACAAACGUCCAUGGUGACAUUCACGCUGGACUCAAUGGUUGGAUGGAACACCGCUGCCCCCUGGCUUAUUAUGGCUGCACAUUUUCCCAGCGGAGGUUUUAUCCAUCCACCCGGGGAGCCAAAGUAGUUCAUGACAAGAACCUCAGGUCCUUUGGGGUUAAGCCUUGCCCAGGGGGUAAACUUCCAUGUGACUCCAAGUCAGACCAAUUAAGUGGGCUUCCUAAUGAGAUUUUGUGGCACAUAGCAGGGUUUUUGGACAGUUUCAGCCUCUGUCAGCUGUCACUGGUGUCACGAACUAUGAGGGAAGUGUGUGCCAGUCUGCUGCAGACCAGAGGCAUCGUGGAACUGCUGUGGGAGCGGAGGCAAAGCCCUGGUGCUCCUGGCACUGUGACAUGGCAGAUCAAGAACAAAGUGAGUUGAAAACUUACUGAAAAUAUAUUGUUGUUUUUGUUUAAAGCCAACCGUUAUCAGUCUCUGUUCUCUUGUUAGAAACCACAUUUAGGCAAGAAUUGAAGUACUACUUGAGCUGUUAGGUGAAAUUUGAGGGUUGAUAAAACUUAGUAAAAUGUUGAAUUUAAAUGUAGAUCACUGAAGACAAAGUUUGAUAUUUUGUGAUAUUUGCUAUCUCCCUUGUUAGCUGAGAGAUAGCUGAAAACAUGCCACUCUCAAGUCUGGAUACCUAGCAGAAAGACAGUUUUGCCCAGUCCAAAGACUGAAGAGGUAGCCCAACUCUGUUCAAGUCCAAGUCAUUCAAUAGGCUCUGAAAUAGGCUCUAAAACAAUACCACUAUUUCUCCACUAGAAGUCAUGAAGGUGACAUUGUAAACCUCUAAAAAAACAGCUGUAAAACUAGUCCUGUAAAUGUUAGUGAGACUUGAAGAAUUUUCAACAUUUAGAGGUCCUGUACCACAACCAGAAAUUAUGGAUUGUCAUGAGGAUUUUGUGAAAACCUGAUGCAUUAAGUCAACAGGAGUCCCCUCAAGUGUCAGUGCAUGUAUCUUUCCAACCCCUGCUCUCUUGUUCUGUCUCAGGUGUGGAGAUUCACCACUGCCUUUAGCCCAGUGUUGUCAUGGGGUUUCACUGACCUUCCCAGCAUGUCGGACCACCUUAAAAAGUGCCCCCUCAAUGUAGUGGAGCACAAGACAGAGCCCGUACCUCUUCCUGCCAUGUGCACUGCACGAGAUGGACACUCCUUACGCCGUGUCCUGCGUCACGUCAACCACUGACCAAACUCAGCAGGACUCAGACAGCUGCAUCAAAUUCACUCCGGUAUUAUGUGGAUGUCGCAGUUUCUGUCUUGAUUCACAAUUAUUUCUUCCUGCACCACACUAGACUAUGAAAGCCUUAAUGAAUUAACACCUUAUCUAUCUGCCACAGUAAAAACUCUGCUGUCCCUGAGUGGAGGAAAAAAAAUCAGCAGAAAGCGUUUAGAAAUGCAUGUGUUUGUGCUGAAAAUACUUCCUUAUUCUGGUAAAAACAAAAAUGAAAAGAAAAAAAAAGUAUAUUUUCUUGAAGACAAAUGUGCACAGUAGAUGUAUAUUAUUCUCAAUGAUUCUCAGAGGAAGUGGAAUUUCAGUGUUCUGGCUAUCUGGCCUUUCAGUGGUAGCCAUGGGAAAAGCAGAUCAUUGGUUAUUUAGCAUUUUUUCCUGUGUCACAGAACUUAUGCCGGCACUUUACACAAGAUUUGCUAAUCCCUUGAAUGUUAACAUCAGGCACUGAAUGAUCUAGUGCUUCUGGUCACUGUCAGGUGUCACCCCUAUGCAAACUAUUCUGUCUAGAUUUAAAGGAUGUCAGUGAAAGAUUGAGUAGUUGGGUAUUAAUACGAGGAUAGUCCAAAAAUGCACUACAGUUUGCUACAAUUUAAUAAAGUUUUUGCUGCCUUGAA